UUCAUACAAGAACCUAACUAAUGCUUCAUAAGCCAAUACCAUUCCGGCUCUACCUCACAAGAUUUAAUUACCAGCAACUUAUUCUUAGAGAGCUUCGUACGAAGUCAAGUAACCGAUACACGCAGAGAAAUGGCGAGGACGACGAACUGAAGAUUCGUAACCCAAUUGAAAAUCAAGAGGACAGAUUAUAUUUCCACAAAAGCAAGGGUCAACAUAUCCUCACCAACCAACGAAUCCUUGACUCUAUUGUUCGGAAAUCAAAUAUAAACCCCAAUGAUACGGUUCUAGAAAUUGGACCCGGUACUGGAAACCUCACUCUCAAGCUUCUUGAAGUUUCGAAGAAGGUUUUUGCUAUUGAACUCGACAAGAGAAUGGAAGAUAUUCUCAACAAACGGGUAGCUGAACGUGGUUUUAAAGAUAAGCUGACUGUUAUAUGGAAAGAUGCAUUGAAGGCGGAGUUUACACAGUUUGAUCUUGUUGUGGCAAACAUUCCGUAUGGAAUAUCUUCUCCUCUUGUGGCGAAAUUAGUGUAUGGAACGAACCAUUUUAGGAGUGCAACGCUUCUUCUUCAAAAAGAGUUUGCAAAGAGGUUGCUGGCGAAUCCUGGUGACUCUGAGUUCAACAGAUUGGCUGUGAAUGUGAAGUUGGUGGCUGAUGUAGAGUUUGUCAUGGAUGUAAGUAGAAGGGACUUUGUUCCUUGCCCGAAAGUUGAUUCAUCUGUGGUUAUAAUAAGACCAAAAGCAGAUAUACCGAAGGUGAAUCUUGAUGAAUGGUUGGCUUUCACAAGAACUUGUUUUGGUAAGAAAAAUAAAACACUAGGGGCAAUAUUUAAGCAGAAGAAAAAAGUGAUAGAGCUACUGAGAUUGUCCAAAAAGAUGGGUCCAAUUAAUGAAAAUGUUGAAAUGGGUGACUGUUGUGGUUGUAGCGAAGAGGACGAUGAUGAAAGGGAGAGUGAAGGUGAAGAUUUUUAUUCAUCUUCUUGCUCAGAAUUGGAAGCAAGUUCGUUUAAGGAGAAGAUUAUUGAGGUUCUAAAAUCAGGAGGAUUUGAAGAUAAGAGGCCUUCAAAGCUGUCUCAUGAGUUAUUACUGCAUUUGCUUUCCUCUUUUAAUCAAGCUGGAAUAAUUUUUCAUGACCAAACAGAGCAAAAGAAUGCAGGCAAUACGGCAUUUGCUGCAUCUUACAAUUCAUAGCAACAGUAGCCUCUCCCUAACUUUAUUUACAGUUCCCAUUCUGCUCAGUUUGUCUUUGAAUGAUUA